AUGACGUGUGCGUCUUUCGCUCUCACCACAAACAAGGAAGAACAUUUCAGACGCUUGUGCAUAAACGGGUUUGACCUUUCGGUAUACACUAAUAACAGCUUGAAAAACAUUGAACUCGAUAAUAUGUAUUACAAAAAUGUAUUGUGCGUGUAGCUAUAGAUAAACACAUCAUGGUUAUGGAAUUGUGGUACGAUCUUCUUCCCACUUCUGCGUCGUCGCGUGUCUGCAUUCUGGCCUUCACGGUGUUUGUGGGAGUAUUUUACAUAAUGCACUUAAUUCGUAAACGCAAAGAUUUCUCCAAUAUUCCCCCUGGCCCUAAACCAUGGCCCAUAGUUGGCAAUAUUGGGGGGUUUCUGGUUUUCAAUGUCAUCUUACGUCAUUUUGGAGGCCGGAAAGCAGAGAACUUCCAAAAGAUGGAAAAAUCACCUCAAGUCUUUCUGACAGAACAAGCUCAAGUUUACGGCAACCUCUACAGCAUUUGGGUAGGGAGUCAGCUGGUGGUUGUGCUAAACGGCUAUGACGUUGUCAGGGACGCCCUCUUGAACCGAGCAGAUGUGUUUUCUGACAGACCAGAAAUUCCAACCGUCACAAUCAUGACAAAGCGCAAAGGCAUUGUUUUUGCACCAUAUGGCCCGGUAUGGAGGAGGCAGCGAAAGUUCUGCCAUACCACACUGCGAAACUUCGGAUUUGGCAACCAGAGCCUAGAGUCCUGUGUCCAGAAGGGUCUGGCCGUGGUGAAACGUGAACUGCUGCACCUCAGCAGAGAAGAUCAUAAGUGUUUGGGGGUGGACCCAACCUCUCUGAUCACCAACGCGGUGUCCAAUGUCAUCUCCAACAUUGCCCUGGGACAGCAUUUCCACCACAGUGACCGUGAGUUCGGCGCUUUGCUGGAACUGAUGGCCCACGGCUUGGAGAUCAUCAUAAACAGCGCAGCAUUCCUCAUCAACGUGUUUCCCCCUCUAUACCACCUGCCCUUUGGUGUCUUCAAAGAGGUACGUCAGGUGGAAAAAGACAUCACCACUUUCCUCAAGGAGAUCAUCAAAAGGCACAGGGAGACAUUGGACCCAGACAACCCCCGAGAUCUCAUAGACAUGUACUUGCUGGAGAUAGAUGCCCAGCAGGCUGCGGGCGAGAUGGACAGUAGCUUCUCAGAGGACUACCUUUUCUAUAUCGUGGGGGAUCUUUUCAUCGCUGGCACUGAUACCACCGCUAACACAGUGCUGUGGAUGCUGCUCUACAUGGCUGUUUAUCCAGAGGUCCAAGAGAAGGUGCAGGCUGAGAUCGAUGCGGUGGUGGGCCCAGACAGGGUCCCAUCUCUGACGGACAAAGGGAGUCUGCCGUUCACUGAGGCCACCAUCAUGGAGGUCCAGAGAAUGACUGUGGUGGUCCCCCUGGCUAUACCUCACAUGGCCUCAGAGACCACAGAGUUCCGUGGCUAUACAAUCCCCAAGGGCACUGUGAUUGUCCCCAACCUAUGGUCAGUCCAUAGAGACCCCACUGUGUGGGACAAGCCGGAUGACUUCAAACCAUCACGUUUCCUAGACGACCAGGGGAAGCUCCUGAGGAAAGCGUGUUUCAUGCCGUUUGGAAUAGGUCGGAGGGUCUGCAUGGGAGAGCAGCUAGCGAAGAUCGAGCUGUUCCUGAUGUUCACCAGUCUGCUGCAGGCCUUCCAUUGCAGACUGCCAGAGGGGCUUCCCUCUCCUCCUAUGCACGGCCGCUUCGGCCUCACCUUGGCUCCCUGCCCAUUCACUCUGACUGUGAAACCCCGGCAGUAAGGCUAGCGGACUACUAACACAAUCAGUUUUAUCCUAAUUGUACUUGCUAACAGAAAAUGCAACCAUGCAGUGUUAAUGUUCUUUUUAUUCCAUAAUAUUGAUACCAAAAAAAAUGAUACUAAAAAAAGUACAUUUAAAACUUUUUUGAAAGAAUGUUACUUGUAAAAAAAAAAAAUGUUUUGUAUAUUGCCAAUAUCUUAACAUGACAUUUUUUUAUUUGAGCAUAUUAUUAUCAUUUGAAUUUUACCUAAUUCGGUACUGUUACCAAAGCAAUAUUAUUUGUUACCAUGCAGUGUUUAUGUCCAUUUUACUAAUUUUGAUGCUGAAAAUGUGUUCAGGGAAUUUCUUCAGGGAAGAACAUAAUAUUUAUUUUAACCGCUUUAAUUUUUUACGUUUAAACGUAAUAUUUUAACUAUACAUACAUACUUUGAGCUAGGAAUAACUAACUUUUUGCACAAUUAGUUUUUUUAACCUUUCUGAGUAACCGAAUACAUUAUGGGAAUAUGAGUGAUUUGUUUGGAUAAAUUCACGUCACCGGCUGCCAUCUUCCCUCCGUGCAAGGCAUCUACCAUACACAAUGCCUUAGGAAAUCACGGAACAUCAACAAAGACUACAGCCCAGGCUAUGGUCUGUUCACACUGCUUCUGCCUGGUAGGUGUUACCGGGGCAUCAAGGCACACACUUCCAGACUCACAAAAAAAAAUUCCCCUCAGGCCAUAAGGUUCCUCAACCAGCAACACUGAUCUUUGAUCAUAUUGAUCACAAAUUAACUUUCCAGCUGCUAUGAUGUCUUUCCAUGUACACGUUAUUUACAUAUUUGUAAUAGUCAGUGCUUCUAACCAAAUUGUUCAUAUUCCCCAUUAUACAAAUUGCUGCUAGUUUACACUUAAGUAUAUUAUUGAUAUAUUUUUGCUUUAUAUAUUUCUUAGUUCUUACUACGUAGAUGCUGUGUGCCAUGUUACAAGAACUUCAUUUUUCAGAUUGAAUCUGUGCUCAAUACAUUUCAUAAAUAAACUUAAAUUGAACUUCAAAGUUACAAUGAAGUAAAAUAUGAAGUGUUAAUGCAACUGUAUUCAUUGUAUCAGUAGACAUAUUACUAGUUUGAUAGGAUACAAUAUAUUAUGUUAGUGUUAAUAUUAUGU